CAUAUCACCAUCCCGCCCAUCGCCGCUCACUCCUCCUCCUGCUGCUCCUGCUCUGCCUGCCUGCCUCCCUGCUCGCUUGCUUGCUUCCAUUCCACCUACUCCUGCUCCUCCUCCUCCCAAGCUAUGAGCCGGGCGCAGCCGGGCGCCGCGAGGCUCAAGGCGUCGCCGCGGGCGCUCUUCUCGUGCGGGAUCUUCAGCACCUGCACGCACCCGGCGCUCAGCCCGACGGCGACGCCGAAUAAUAAUGUUGCGGUCGGGGGUGGCGGUGGUGGUGGUGGUGGUGGGGUGAAGGGUGGGUCGGGCACGCCGUGCGGUGAUGCGGCGGCGUCGCCGGUGUUGGAGGCUGUGGCGCCGGCGGCGGUGGAGAGCCAUCAUCAGGAGCAGAGAAGGCAGCACCACCAGCAGCAGGGCGCGGCCGUGCAGAGGAGUGUUGGCCCGUCGUCGUCGUCGUCCUCGUCCUCGUCUUCGGCGUCGCAGAGCUUCACGCAGUGGAGGUUGCCGGUGCAUCACCCGCCGCAGGCGUCGGCGUCAGCGUCGGCGGGGGGUGGGGGUGGGGGUGCGGUGAUGAUGAGCGCGGAGGAGAAGUUCGCGGCGGGGGAGGUGGUGGCGGCGCUGCGGAUGGUGGAGAGGGAGAUGGAGGCGGCGGCGAAGGCGGUGCCGCCAGGGGUCGUGGCCGGGGUGGUCGCGGCGGUGCGGGAGCCGGCGACGGCGAGGCUGGCGGCGAAGGUGCUGCUGGUCGUGCUGCUGGAGGAGGGGAACCGGGAGGCGGCCGUCGAGGCCGGCGCGGCGGCGGCGGCCGUCGAGGCGGUGGCGGCGUCCGGGCCAGCGGGGGCCACGGCGGAGCGCGCCCUGGCGGCCCUCGAGCUCCUCUGCACGGCCGCCGGUGGCGCCGCGGCCGUGCGGAGGGAGCCCCUGUCGGCUCCCGUGCUGGCGCGCGCGGUAGAGGGGCUCGCCGGCCGCGGCCGCGAGUGCGCCAUCGGCGUCCUGGCAGCCAUCUACGGCUCGAGCGGCGGCGCCGCCGAGGAAGCCGCUUCCUCGUCGUCGUCCUCCUCGCCGCCGCCGCCGGAGGUGGUGAAGGCGGUGGUGGCGGCAAUGCAGGGGGAGUGCAGCGCGCGCGGGCGGCGCAAGGGCGCCCAGCUGCUCCGCGCGCUGCAGGAGGGCGGCCGCCUGGGCCUCGCGUGGGACGGCGUCGGCGAGCCCUGACAGGGCGGCGGGCCCAUCCGCCAGCCUCUUACAGGUGGGCCCCUGCCCUCAGUGGCUGGGCCAGUGUGUUGGAUUAGGUGGUGGGAGGUGGGGCCGGGCCGGGUGAGGUGAGCGAUUAAACGGUGCUGUCCUUGGGUGACUGAUUUUUGGUCACCACUGUAGGUUUGUGAUGAUGUGUACUGUCUGUUCCCUUAAAAUUUGUCCCCACGCAUCCAUGACUCAUCUUUAGCCCCUCAAAUUUUCAUUCAAUUUUCAACCAUCAAAAUUUCAAAUUUCAUCCGCUAAGAAGAAUUCAAACUCCUUCGUUAACUUAAACCUGGAAGAUCAACAGUACUAUAUGCAACAAUGCGUAUAGUACUCGCUCCAGAAAUAUAGGU